AUGGGAGGCGAGUGGGCUCUCCGCAGAGGCCAGCUUAGCCCGCAGGAGCUGCCUGCAGAACCCCACUGCCCGCCCCUCUCAGACCCGCCUCGGCCCGCCUCGAUGGUCCCCGCACACUCAGCCAGCGGCCUCUGCUGUGUCUGCUGCUCCUGCUGGGUCUGCUGCUGCGUCCGGUUACCCGUGAAGACCACGCCGGGCACCUCCAGCACCCCAAGUCCGCGGGAGCGCACGCGGGCCCUGAUGCGGGACUUCCUGCUUGUGGACGGCCACAACGACAUGCCCCUGGUCCUGAGGCAGUUUUACCACCACGGGAUACAGGAUGUUAAUCUGCGCAAUUUCUGCCAUGGCCAGACCAGCGUGGACAGGCUGAAAAAUGAUCUCGUGGGUGCCCAGUUCUGGUGAGCCUACAUCCCAUGCCGGACCCACGAACGCGAUGCUGUGCGCCUCACCCUGGAGCAACUUCACCUCAUCUGCCUCACAUGUGCCUCCUAUUCUGAGCUGGAGCUUGUGACCUCAGUUAAAGCUCUCAACAAUACCUGGAAGUUGGCUAGCCUCAUUGGUGUGGAGGGCGGCCACUCACUGGACAGGAGCCUCUCCAUCUUGCGUACCUUCUAUGCGCUGGGUGUGCGCUACGUGACACUCACCCACACCUGCAACACGCCCUGGGCACAGAGCUCAGCAAAGGGUAUCCACCCCUUCUACAGCAAUGUCAGUCGGCUCACCGGCUUUGGCGAGAAGGUGGUGGCAGAAAUGAACCGCCUGGGCACGAUGGUGGACUUGGCCCAUGUCUCGGAUGCUGUGGCACGGCGAGCCCUACAAGUGUCACAGGCACCUGUCAUCUUCUCCCACUCAGCUGCCCGGGGUAUGUGCAAGAACACUCGCAAUGUUCCUGAUGAUAUCCUGCAGCUUCUGAAGAAGAACGGUGGCAUCCUGAUGGUGCCCUUGUCCGAGUGGGUGCUGCAGUGCAACCCGUUAGCCAACGUGUCUACUGUGGCAGGUGAGCCUCACCCUGGGCUCUCUGAAAACUCGGAUUUGGAGCUGAAGCUGGGUCCAAAUUUAGGGAGGAUUUCAGAAGAGCCCCAGUGGUUUGACCCACCUACUGGCAAUAGGUACAGCACCCAAAAACCCAAGAAUGGACAGUACACAGCACCUUGGUGCCACGUGGAACUGGAGCCACAGAAUCAAAACUGCGAUACGGAUGGAAACUAUCUCUUCCCCCACACCAGCCCCCAUGGCCCAGUCCCGGGAAACCGGGAGCCCAGAGCACUUGUGGCCACAGAGACACUGGCACGCAGCCCUCAGGGUGUGCGGGGCCGGCUGCAGGCAGCUGGGGACAAGGUGUGCUCCCGGGAGGCCUCCUGCUGA